AUGAAAUUAGCCAUCGUUUUCGCUGCUCUCUUCGCCGUUGCUCUGGCUGCACCCGCUCAGGAUUAUGCCAAUGCUGAAGUGUUGCGUUUGGAAUCGGAUGUCCGCCCAGAAGGCUAUAACUUUGCUUUGGAGACCAGCGAUGGCAAAACUCACCAAGAAGAAGGUUCCUUGAAGGAUAUCGGUACCGAAAAUGAAGCCAUUGUUGUGCGUGGCUCAUACUCCUUCAUUGCCGAUGAUGGUCAAACCUACACCGUCAACUAUAUUGCCGAUGAAAAUGGUUUCCAACCCGAAGGUGCUCAUUUGCCCAACACCGCCCACUAA